GUUGAACGAGGUUCAUGAUGAGUUACAGAAGAAAGAGGCUGAUCUUGCAGAGCUCCAGCCUGAUGACAGUCAGAACCCCCAGAAGAUUGGAGAGCUGGAAGCAGCUUUACGAAAAAAAGAUGAGGAUAUGAAAGCAAUGGAAGAAAGAUAUAAAAUGUACCUUGAAAAAGCAAGAAAUGUGAUAAAAACCUUAGACCCUAAGCUAAAUCCAGCAUCAGCAGAAAUUAUGUUGCUUAGAAAACAGAUAUUGGAAAAAGAAAAAAGAAUCGAAGCACUAGAGAAUGAAUACAAGAUGGCCAAGCUACGUGACUAUGAGGAAAAGCUGAUUGUAACUGCGUGGUACAACAAGAGCCUGAGUCUGCAGAAGCUGGGCAUGGAAGCCAGGCUGGUGGGCAGCAGUGGCAGCUGCGGGGCCGGGCCUGGCCGCUCCUUCCUGGCGCAGCAGCGGCACGUCACCAACACCAGGAGGAACCUCACUGUUAAAGUACCAGGUGCAACAGCAGAUUAAACACCAGGACAUGAGGAAAACUCACAUGCUAAAAGUGUCCUUAAAUGUUUUAUACCCUUCCACUUUACCUGCUUGAUGAAAGAGGAGGUUAGAAUGGUGGGCAGCUGCAAAUUGCAACAUCAGAACCUGUCAGGAAGGGAUUAAAGGUGAUCAGCCAGAAGGUAGCACUUAGUUUUUCCUAGUAGAUUUAAUAACUGCAGCAUGUACAAGCACAACUUCAAAGAUUUCUAUUUGCCUUCAGAUUAUAUUGUAAAUAUGAAAUUUGGCACUCUAUAUUUAAAACUUUAUUUAAAUGGGUUUGGGCUAGAAAGUUGACUUUUAUAAUGGGAAGAUAUUAUGCAAAGGUGUACUUCAGGAAACUGGCAAUAUUGGACAUUUUUGCUGGGCUCUUCUGAAAACAGACCUAAAAGAUUGGUAACAUCUUUUAAAAAAAGGCUUUUUUAGAAUAAAAAGUACAAUUUUAAAAGCAGGAAAGUACUUGCAUUUAUAGAAGAAGAUAAUAAAGGUAUGGUACCAGUUGUUAGGUAACAAUUGGAGACAGGAUUUGUUUUGUGAGGAGCAGAAUUUCUCAGUUUAUUAAAAAAAAAAAAAAAAAAGCAAAGCUUAAGUUGGUGCAUAUAUACACUGAGGAAAACCUGUCUUUAAGAAGUUGAAAUCACUUAAGCCAAAAAAGCUUGUCUUCUCCUAGGUAAGAAAAAAGCUAUACUAACUUAGAAGUCUGGGCUGUAUUUUAAAAGUCUGGCAUAUUGGUAUACUGCAUUUAUUUGCAGAAAGGGGAUUAGGUGGGAAGAAGCCCCAUUUAUUUCAACCUAUUUAUACAACCCUGUGCAUGGAAAUUGCAUUUCCUCUUUUUUAAAUGUAGUUUCACUCAGUUAUUCUGAACUAACUGUGCUAGGCAGAGGAAUGAGAGAUGACUUUGGCAGUUACUGGCAGCAGAGAUUGUUUGUUGGCAGGGAGAAAAGUGCAUAAACUGUAAUAGUUCAAUAGAAGAUGAAACGGGGGUUGAUAAUCUGAAAUCUGUGUCCAGGAAGUUGCUGUCUUUCACAAAACUUGUGACUUUAUUUCCCAAAUGUCUAACUCUUGUUUUGAAUUGUAUUUUAGGAAACCUGUUAAUGUCUGUUACUUGCAAAGGGUCUAGAAAAAGUUAAUUAUACCCAUAGUUAAUAAAAUUGCAGCAGCUCUUAAAAUGAAAUGAAUACACCUAAAUUAAGUAUUUGAGGGUGCUGUACCAGACCACCAUCUAAUAUAAAAUUCAGCUGCCUGUGAGAAUGAAAGCACACCUGUCUCACCAUUAAGGCCAUCUUUGAUUUGAGAACAGGGUUUAGCUUUACAGAAUUAUCAGGUUUUGAAUUGUGACAUUUGGACAGACAUUUUGUCUGCCCCUCACUAUAGCUUGUCCUUUGAUUUCUUCCUUCCCCAACAUCUUAAAUUUUUAAUUGGGCAUUGCAUGUAAUGCCAGAGAAAAGGCAAGCAUUCAUUUUUGAUACUUAGGGUUGCUUCUUAGUUGUGGUGGUUGUUUUACAGUGCUGUAUGUAUGAAUAGGCAUUCAGCAGAUUUCUCCUUCAAAAGGCAUUGUUUAAAAGCCAGUGUCGUGCUGAGUGUGGCAUGAGGCAGAUCUGUGGCUGUUGGAGAGCUGUCUGUGGUGGUGUUCUUCAGGACUUCAUGCUUCUUUGGACUACCUCGUGGGUUUUGAGGUCUUUUAUUGCUGCAGUGGUGUUAGUGGAGUUGGUGUUUUUAAGGUACAGUUGCAUAUUUAGUCUGCCAGUGCUGUGGGUGGGAGGGAGGUGGUGGUGAGCAGUGGAGCAGGAGGUUGUGUUAGCAAGAUGCUUCCAUUCCUAAAGUCUGGUAUUUGGUGUGUUCUAGUGAAGUGUGGAGCUGUCUCUGAUGGUGUUGAGUGGGUCUCUUAACCUUUGUUCUUUGCAGCAUGGAAACUUUCAUGGAUGUCCUUCAAAUACUCAUGUAGUUGGUAGGCUUGAUUUGUUGUACUUCUCCCAGUAGUGGAGCUGUGUCAGUAGUCUGUCAGGUGCUGAAUAGUGGCAAACUUGGAGAAAAUGUCUUUGACUUACACUUCUCAAAACUGCAGACCCUGGGACCAAAAAAACCUAAGAACCUCCCUAUCAUUUAAUUGGAAGUUUGUCUUCUGACUAGUGAUGGAAGAAUUUAAGUCCUGAACUACAGGCAGGGAUCAGCCUUUUUCAGGGCACAAUUGUCCCCAGUAAUUAUGUUGGGGUUGCCAAAAUGAAUCUGGUUUUCAGGUAUUGGACAAAAUGUUGCUUAUUUGGGGCUUUUCCAAACUGUUAAGAGUGAAGCCUGUGAAUAUCACUCAAGGGUUUCUUUGGGACUGAGAACCUGUUUAAAAGCAGCUGUUCUACUAGUGGUUAAACCUGGGUUCUGUCCUGUGAAUGAGGAACUGAUGUGUGGAAAUAAAUACUGGAUUAUAAGCCA